AUGGUUCACGAUAACCAUGAGGCUACACCAAAAUCAUCGCUCCCAUCAAACCUACGACUAACAUCUACUGUGCCGUUUGAAUCACAUCGCCUUGGAGCUACACACAGAACGCGCAUCCGUGCACAUUGUUAUCGCGAAGGAGGCCUUGACUUCGAGAAAUCAAAAUUCAAUCUCGAUCCUAUCGAAAUGGCCGGCGGAAAGAAAUCUGGAAGGACGUUGAUGCGGGAAGAAGGUCUAGAGCGAACAGAUAAUGGAUUGAAACAAACAAGUUGGCCAGAAGCCUUCCCAAUUAAUCAGAAGAAUUAUUACACAGAAUUCGGAAAACGCGAUGAUCAAUUGCUUGCAUCACGUCUGCAAAAUGAAGCCAAUCAAGAAAAACUUAUCCGCGAUGCCAAAAAUAAAGACAGAGCUCUUGCGCGCACAGGAACUGCCGAUGUACCACUACCCAUGGAUGAAGAUGAAGAAGAUACAGAUGUUACCGAUGAGUUAGCUGCGUCGAAGAUUAUCGUCAUCCACCCUGGCAGUCAAAAUUUGCGCAUUGGUUUGGCCAAUGAUGCUCUCCCAAAGACCGUCAUAAUGGCAAUCGCAGAAAGGUUUCCGGUGACAGAAUCGCAAGAAUACGAACCUCGACCCAAACGCCAGGAUUUUGAACUUCCACCAGAGCAGCAAUUUGGAGAGGAGUGGUCGAAGAAAUAUAAUAAACAAUGUGCUGAUUUGAAGGUGGAUAUGCGUGCAAACAGGCGCAAGGUAUUGCCGAAUUCGAAAGAGUUGGUUGUCAAUUAUAAUCGCCGUAUGGAACCAGAAAAAAUUCCAGAACACAAUGAUCCACUUCGAAUGGAAUGGACGGAUACUGCCAAAGGGACAAAGCCGACUUUCACAGGUCCCGAUGCGCAACGGAUAGCAGACAAUUCUGACCCACCAUAUAGAUUAUUCUGGCCUAUGCAACAUGGAUGGUUCCAUGAGAAUGAUUACAACGUCCGUGAAGCCAUGUUUGAUGAUUUCGAAACAAUAAUUGAGCAGGCUAUGAGAAGAGAUCUGGGUCUUGAUAAAAGUAGUGAGUGGUAUCAAUAUAGUUGUGUAAUGGUGGUACCGGAUCUCUACGACAAGAAAUAUUUGGAACAAAUGCUGGAUAUGUGUCUUCGAGGCUUUGAGUUCAAGCAGGUCGCCUUUGUACAAGAAAGUCAUGCUGCUACAUUUGGAGCCGGUUAUACAAGUGCUUGUGUAGUUGACGUUGGAGCACAAAAGACAUCAAUUUGCUGUGUAGAGGAUGGUAUGUGCAUAGAGGAUUCUCGAGUCAACCUCAAGUACGGAGGGUAUGAUGUUACUGAAACAUUCAUCAAAAUGAUGCUCUAUGAUCACUUUCCAUAUGCCGACAUAAAUCUGAAACGACGUUACGACUUUCUUCUCGCGGAGGAAUUAAAGAUUAAGUACUGCACUAUGAAUCAAGCCGAGAUCUCUGUUCAGCUUUACAAUUUUCAUCUCCGCGCACCAAAUCAGCCUACUCAUAAAUAUGGUUUCAAAACAUAUGAUGAGUCAGCUUGCAUUCUGGCCGCGAUCAAACCUUCUAUCGCAACUAAUGCAAAUGGAUAUAAUCCGAAACAAUUUCAAUCUAAUGGGAUGGCCGAUGUGUCCUUCUCUACACCUCAAAAAGAGAAGCCCAACCCGUUUAACCUACUUCGUCUAGAUCCAGAUAAUGCAGUACAUUCCAGCGUUACCUCCGCUGCAGCUUCGCCCGCUCCUGAGGGUGCAAGCACGCCAGCUCCAGCUCCGUUUGUUUUUGGAAACAAUGGGCAUACAGCCGGUUCCCCUGGUCCUACUAAUGGAACCAAUGGUACUCAUAGUGGUACGACACCCAUACCCCCCGCAGGUAUGUUUGUCGAUGUUCACGCCCGCACAGCCAAAGAUCUCGCCAUUGAACGUGAUUCCGUCCUCCCUAUCUCUGCUUUAGGACACAGCAUCAUCACAUCCAUCACCCACGCUGCUAAACAUGAUGAUAAAAAAGCGCGAGAUUUUUAUGGUGGCAUUAUGUUAAUAGGCGUGGUGCGAAACACCGGGCUUUGGACCCUUUCUCGAAGAUCGACUUCAGAAAAAGAGACCAGAUUUGGCGGAGAGAAUCUUGGUAGGGACGAGUCCGAGGGAAAUGGAUGGGCAAGUGGUGGUUUGGAAGGGCGCGAGUGUGUUUGCGAGAAUGAAAAUGCAUGA